AUGCUGGCUUCUUGUCGAUCUUCCAGCCCUAUAAGGAGAGGCAUCCCUCCAUUGGAAACCCGUUCUGCAUUUGAGGCCCUCAGGGAUAUCCGAGACAGCGCUUUUCUUCAGGAUGUAGAUCCCGAAGCAUUCCAACAAUCAUAUCUAUUACGGCACAGCCUCAGUCCAUCAUCGUGGUCCCCAGAGGAGGAGAGCUAUGUGAAUAGUAUUCGAAAUGUGUCCCGGAAGCAGGAGGAAUCUCUCUAUACUGGUCAUGCCCCGCUUCUCCGCUUGCUCAACCACAUAAGUGAACAAGUCUCCAAAAAUAUCAAACACACUCAGCUGGAAGCCCUGGUUUUUUACUCGGGAGACAAGACCAAGGUCACAAAUCCCUUCAGCAGCCACUAUCAUGCUCCGGAUAUCAUCGUAGCGGAGGGAACAUCGCAAGCAUUCCAUACGAUAGACUACUCGACAGUUCACUUGAAGGAGACGACAUGGUGUUCAGCCGUUGCGGUUGGCGAAGCUAAAGUAAAAAAAUCUGGACAAUAUCAGCUCGCCAAUUAUCUUCGAAACCAUCUACAGCUUCACCCCGAAUUGAAUGCUACAUUGGGUCUUACUAUCAAGUCAAACGGAUAUGCGUUGUUCUACCAUGAUGCGAACGUCAUCCAUCGGGCGACUUUUCGUUGGUACAAACCGGCUCCGUUGUACUCGUUUAUCGAGACACUCUACGCUCGGCCUUUCCAAGAUACUUCGAUGCAAAUUUUGGAUCCCGAGAGCUCACACCCGGCGUGGGCCACGAUGAUCGGAGGUGACAUUUAUUUGUCUGAAGCGCCACGAGCGCAGGUUGGCCCUGGUCAACGACGAUACACCACUACAGCCGUCAAUCUUAUCAAUGACGAAAUGGUAUUCAUCAAGGAUAUCUGGCGAGACGAAAGCCGAUCCUUUUUCGAGGCUUCGCUAUUCCAGCAAGCUCACGAAGGGGAACCCAUGGCCGGACUUAUGCUCGUUCACUCCCACGGUUAUGUGACUGAUGACUCUGGAGAGUAUCUUCGGACAUCCCAUCUUAGAUCGGCGUCCGCCGAAGAAGAAACAACUAUCAGAUACAAGAUGCGAAUGGUGACAAGAGAUAUUGGACGUAGGCUUGAAGAGAUAAAAUCGUUGCGUCAUUUCUUAUGCGUGAUGUAUGAUGCCUGUGCUGUGCAGCGGAACCUGUAUCGAAAGUGCCGAAUUUUACAUCGAGACAUUAGCGAUGGGAAUAUUAUGAUCGCGCCUUCCACGAACGAGUAUCAAGAGCGCUGCGCAGAAGGGUAUGCAGACGCGAAAUUUCUGAACCAAGUAUUGGCAAGAGACAAGGAUUGCAAACCGAAGCCGGAAUGCUUGGUGGUUGAUCUAGGAAAUGGUGCAGAUUUGAGAGUUGGUCGCGGUCAGACAGCAUUGACAGAGCGGACUGGGACUCCCAAAUUUAUUGCUCGUUCGGUCUCUUUUGGUGAUUUGCUAUCCCUAGAGGACAAUGAUAGCGCCGGGGUGACCAUGCCAUCAGUGGACGGCCCACUAGGAGACUAUUGCCCUUUCAUGCACACCACCGAAUAUCAAGCCACCAAUAGUUCCGACUCCGUUUCCCAGUCCGAACCUAAGUUCUCACAUCGGUUAUUCCAUGACGCCGAGUCGACGUUCUGGGCAAUUGCCUGGACUCUCGUUAGGUCUACGGGAGAAGAAUAUCAACUAGAGAAAGACCCAGACACAAAUUUCCGUCGCUUUUACCACACUAUGUGCAGGCAUUAUCCAAUACCAGAAGAUGAGGACUCUCGCUCGAUGAUAUGCAAAAAGGACCCCAAAUACUGGAUAUCACUUCUCCAUCCAAAUCUCCAAAUUAUAGGCCCAAUGUUAAGCAAGAUGUUCGUUUACAUUCGACCAGAAUGGGCUUACCGCCAGGAUCUGGAUCCUGAACAUGCACAUGAGGCAUUGAUGCGGCUGCUGCUUGCUGAGAUAAUUCGCAUCGAUAUGAACAACGAGGAUGUCCCCAUUGCGAUUGGUAGACGUGCGGUCCCUCCUCCGCCUCCCAAUAUGCCAAACCUGCCAUUGAGUAUGAAUUCUGCCUCGAUGAAUCCCUCGAUCUCUCGGUCUCGGACUGCUGACUCUAUGGAUCCCCGACAUAACAAUAUAGUCGGUGCACAAUCGGACGCACAAUUAGCAGUAGGACUUGGAGCCGUGGCCAGUCCUGAUCCAACGGAAUACACGGAUCGUUGCGACUUGAAGGAUCAAGCAAAAUCAUUAAAGUGGAGGAGAGAAACAUGCAAGUUGUUAGAGCCCAAUUAA